AUGGCCCGCACCAAGCAGACAGCGCGCAAAUCGACUGGCGGAAAAGCUCCUCGCAAACAGUUGGCGACCAAAGCGGCGCGGAAGAGCGCUCCUGCCACCGGCGGAGUGAAGAAGCCUCAUCGCUACCGACCCGGCACCGUGGCUCUGAGGGAGAUCCGGCGCUACCAGAAAUCCACCGAGCUGCUCAUCCGCAAACUUCCCUUCCAGCGCCUGGUCCGGGAGAUCGCUCAGGACUUCAAAACCGAUCUGCGUUUCCAGAGCUCGGCCAUAAUGGCCCUGUAA